AUGAGCGGCAAGCAAGGAACUAUCAGCUUCAAGGAUGUGGAGGCGUGGCAAGGCCAGAAAGAAAAUGUCAACAACAUUUUGAAGAAGUACACUGGAACAUCAGAGUACCCCUCCACCAGAUCCCUUCCCCCGAUGAUAUUUGGGGUUGAGCUCGCUGCAGAUGCCAUUAACGAGUUGGAUGCACUGCCAGGAGUAAAAUUUCUAUCUCCAAAUGAGUAA